UGCAGUGCUGGCAGAACUGCGGUCCUCUCCAAGCGAACCGAUCGCUGUGGGGCACUCUCUGCGCUGCAGACCCCGCAUGUGCUGGGACGUGUCGCCAGCUGUGUAGGAAUGCCGCAACAUCCCCGCCGCCUCCACCUCGCGGCGCCUCCGCCCCCGGUGCGGAAUGGCUAACACGGCUGCUGGCGGUUGUGGCGCAGCCCGGAGGCAGUGUCCGCCCACGCAUGCCCUCCAGCGCUCCAUCGCGGCGCAGCAGCGCCAAGCUCUGGCCGACCCUCGUGGAGGUUGAGGCGCCUCCGCCGUCCAGUCCGGACGAGGCGGGGGUGGUGCUGGUGGACCCCGGCGGGUCCGGAGGAGUCCCUGGCGUCGACCACCUGCCAGACCCGGCUGUUGUCUUCCGUGGCCGCGGCGCCAGCUACGAGGUCACGUAUGGUGACGUCUGGUCUGUAGGCGUGGCGUCAGUAACACAGCAAGGCGUGCUAGUCUUCGCAGAGCUGUCAUGGCGGGCCCCGGAGGACGACAUGACAGCGGCUUGGCGGGGCGGGGGAUCCCCGCUGUACCUGGUUACGUGGGAGGUAGAUGGAGGGGGAAUCACCGGCAACCUCUACACAGACUCCUCCUGCGUCACGCUCUCUCUCUGGGCAGACACUGUCUUCCACAUACAGGUGGAGCUGGUGCGUCAUUCGGUGGCCAUCAGCCGCAGCGGGCGCCUGCGCAUAGACACGGCGGGUCACCGCAGCGAGGCGGCUGGAGACGGCGGAGGCGCCGGAGAAGACGACGCCGACGCAGACGUCGACGCGCCGCUGGUGGAGCGGCUGCGGCCGCGCGACGCGUGGUUCGUACCGGUGCUGCCCAACGCCGCCGUUGCCGCAGCCUUCUUCGCUGUGGCCUACUGGCGCGUCAGGCGACGGCACCGCCAGGCGGCGGCUGCCAAAGCCGCUACCGUCAGCAACCCACAGUAUGGCACGGCAACUGUGAAGCCUGCCGGAGCAAAGCGGUUGCCGGCAAUGGGGCCAGAUGACUUGUGCGUCUGAAGUCAGCAGAAGAGCGUGCACAGGAUCAGUGCAUAGUCACCUCGUGAUACUCAUCCUCAUCUAGUCACUGUUGUAAACCAGUAGUCCUAGCUUUUUACACUUACAUACUCCUUUGUUACUUAUAAAUAAGGUGUUACUCUAUCCCGUGAGCAACUAAAAGCGUAUGGACUGCUGUGCUCAUUGUCAGUAAGAUAACUCUGGCGUUAUGUAUACAUCCCUACGUAUGUUGCAUACGCUACGUGGUAGCACCGCGUCAGGGUGCAACUCAACUUGUGCAGCGGACACCUGCAGUAACAUGCCCAAAUUACUGAAGUGGUGACGUUGGCGAAAAACUGCAUAAGAUAAAACUAAUUUUCGUUUUACUGCGAGUAACUGAAUGAAUUAUGAUGAGAAAUUAUAUUUAUCGACUGUAGUGUCAUCUGAAAAUGAAGCAACCACUUCUAGGGCUAUUGAAUUCACGAUCAAAUGGGCAAGUAGGUGGUAGUGAAUUCCACUGUCACAAUAUGUUGACGAUCGCCAGUGACGUAACUUGCUGCUUAAUAUGAAAGUCAGUGAACAGCACUUAAAAUUUGUGUACUGUCCGAAACUAAAGAGAUAAUGUGUCUUGAGCAAGUGGGUUGAAACAGGAAAAGAGGCAGCCAAAUGACAGGAUUUGUUUUUAGCUGCUGGGCGUACGCAGUCAAUCGGGACCUUGUUCGAGCAUCAAAAUCGUUCAGUGAAUUGUUCAACUUAUGAUAGAAAGCAGUUGCACUAAAAAAA